UGCCCUGUCAGGUUUUGGAUUGAAUGGAAGCAUUUGCUCCGCUAUAGGCAACCUCACCACACUCGUUACAAUCGAUCUGAGCUACAACUUAUUGUCAGGCCCCAUCCCUUCCAGCAUUGGCCAGCUCUCCCUGCUGCAGACACUCGACCUCGCGUACAACUCCAUAGAGGAAGGCUUGCCUUCCACCAUUGGCUCACUAGCCAACCUUCAAGUCUUCAAUCUGUAUGACAACAAUGUGGUGGGAAGGCUGCCUCUCUCUAUGAGUGCGCUCACCAAUCUACGCAUGCUUGAGCUUGGGAACAACUCGAUCGCUGGAAGCUUCCCGACUCUGCUCACAUCACUGUCUCGCCUCACGUGGUUGUCACUCUAUUACAACGACUUAGCAGGAUCCGUCCCCUCAUCCAUCUCUUUCCUUUCAAGGCUCCAACUGUUCAAUUUGGGAGCUAACAACUUCUAUGGAGAGAUCCUUCCAGCGAUUGCAUCCCUCAGCAAUUUAACUUUUAU